AAGAGAAAUACACAAGUAAACAAAUCGCGGCCUCGUAACGCUGGACGUGCUGUGCAGGGAGUGGAUCCUCCAGGCCGUCAAACUGCCCCUGUCAGAGGAAAGGAGUUGCUUCCUGUUAUUUCCAUUGAAAUCCCUGUCCCGGUCGUUAGCCGGCAGGCUUUGGCAGGAUGGCACCGCGCGCGCACAUGAGCUCCCGCCGUCUCUCCCAAGGGCUCCUGCUGCUCUGCGUGCUCCUGGGACACACUCAGACAGUCCACACGGACGCAGUGACAACGAGCUCCGGCCAGGAUGCUGGGACAAGCCCACCUACAGCCAUGUCCAACGGGACAGCCCAGUCCAUGUACGGGAAUUACACCGACCUCACACUGCAGUGCUGGGAUUACUUCGUCGACCUGAUGAGGAAUGUGAGGACAUCGGAGUUGUGCGAGUGGAAAGUCAUCAGCAGGCCCUACAGUGAGCUGCAGGGCUGCCUGGAGUUCUGGGCUGAACGCCUGAACUACAGCUACCCCAACGCACUGGCGGAGCAGUACAUCUUCCAGAGCCAUCACCGCUACUUCCACAACUGCACCCUGGAGCACCCGGUGUACUUCGACCCGCCCGAAGAUGUGCUCCUGGCCAUGAUCAUCGCACCCAUCUGCCUCAUCCCCUUCCUCGUCACCCUGGUCAUCUGGCGCAGCAAGGAUAGCAAGGCGCAGGCCUAGAGUUGCCCUCCCGUCCCGCGGCUGCGGAGCCGCCCGAGCACCCGAACCGCCCGGUGGGCUCUCGGGGCCACCAACCCGCGCUGCUGAGGCGGCCGGUUCCUCCUGCGCCUUCCCCACCCUGCGGCUCGGGAUUAAACGCUUCUCCCCCC